UAUUUGCGCCGGUGAAACAUGGAUUCUCUUCGCGAAGUGAAAAAACUUAUUAAACAAGCAUGUGGCCAAGAAAAUAUGUUCGGAUACCAGACCACGCUGGCUAAUCAACUCUACCUAAUGCACCUCAUAUCAGGCAGAACGUAUUCCACCGAUAAACUCCACUGGCACAUCAAGUUAGCUUAUUUUGUACCAAAUUUCGCCAUGUUUUGCCAAGUGUUCAUUAUUUGUGCUCUUUACUGCAAUUAUGGCUUCGAAGGCGAUCUUAUUUUGAUGACCCAGGUUGCAUUUUUCGAAAUGCUGGGGAUUUCUUCGACACUGAUUAUUCCUUUAGCGAGUUGCAUGUUCGGUGAUGGUAUUGAUACGAUGGUUGAACUCGUUGAUCGUUUGCUGGUUGAAAGAAGAUCACUAGGAGGUGAUGUACAAAAAGAAGGCAUCGUGAACAUAAGAACUUGGAUGAUAAUUAAUUAUUCUGCACUUUGUGCACUUUCAUUCGUAUAUUUGGGUGCUGGCACAUGUGACAUUAUCAUGUUCUAUGAGGAGGAAAAAGUCAAGAAUUAUAUUUAUUAUUCGAUUCCUUUUCCCUAUAUCGAAGAAUAUGGUUCGAUGAGAUUACUGCUGUUUGUCAAUCUGGGAACACCUUCUUUCAUAGGUAUGCUGAAUUCCAUUACAAUGUUAUCGGCAAUCGCGAUGCCUUUAAUAUGGGCUGCUGUUUGUCACAACGAGGUGAUUCAUAUUUGUCAUGACUUACGAGCGAGUAGUACACCGAGGAAUAUCAAACUCGUGACUAAAUCAUAUCAGAGAGUCGCUAGGAUUAUCAAGAAUUUCAGAGAGUUUUAUAAUAUUGUGGGUACGCUGACUUUGGUUCAAGUUCUGGCUAUGGCUAUUGCCUACGCUUAUGUGGUGCUUUUGUGGGAUGUUUCGUAUUUGAUUAAAGUUAAAGGAAUUGUGGCUGUUUUGAUUUCGUUCACUUUCGUGUUUCAGCUGUGUGCGGUUGGAGAAACUAUUGAUAACUUGACUAAUUUAAUUUCGCAAGAAAUUUACUCAACUCGUUGGUACGAUUUGUCAACACAGCAUCGAAAAGAUAUCCUGAUAUUUUUAGGCCAAGCCCAAGCGACUUUUGAUUUAUCUGCCUAUAAAAAGUACCCAUUCAGAUUAAAUACAGUUCUCCGUUUUGCCAAUAUGGUCUACUCUGCGGCUAAUUUUCUGCGCACAAUAACUAAAAAAUGACCAUGAAAAUAUUUACCUACUUACUUGUGCACGGUCGUAAUGUAAAGAAUUAUUCUUGUAGAUGUGAUGUAAAAUUUCUGAAAUAUAAUGCUUUUUUGG